CCUCUUUUCAUACCGUCUACUCUCAUUUUCCUUCGUCGCCCACUCUAAUUCCGUCUAUGGCCAUGGAAGCCGUGCCCGUGGAAGAGCUCACCUCAGGAGCGAGCGGCCGUAUAAUUCCCGUGUUUCGUGAUCUACGGCAUUCAGUGCUUUCGCGGCGCUCUCUCCGUCGUAUCGUCCUCUUCAUCCACUCCUUCUUCCUGUGGUUCCUCCUCCUCUUGCCGCGGAACCGCCACCAGUCUCAGUCUCCCUCGAAAGCCACCGCCUUGAAACGGCGAUCGGUUUUCAGGAAGGCGGAGGAAGAGGACGUGUCGAGGCGUCGGGCCCUGGCAGAGGGCCUGGAGAUGGUCCCGGAGACGGACGACGGGAGUCCCUGCAGGUGGAAUACGUCGUUGUUCUUUGGAACGAAGAGUAACGCGCUUUUCUCACGGUCAUGGUUCCCGUGCUCCGGCGAGAUGAAGGGAAUAAUGAUUAUUAUACAUGGGCUCAAUGAGCACAGUGGAAGAUAUGCUCAUUUUGCUAAGCAACUAACUUCAUGCAACUUUGGAGUAUAUGCAAUGGAUUGGAUUGGCCAUGGUGGAAGCGAUGGAUUGCACGGAUAUGUGCCGUCACUUGAUCAUGUUGUUGCAGACACAGGAACAUUUUUGGAGAAAAUUAGAUUGGAAAAUCCUGGUAUACCAUGCUUCCUUUUUGGUCACUCAACGGGUGGGGCUGUGGUUUUGAAGGCAGCCUCGCAUCCUCAUAUUGAGAGCAUGCUUGAAGGAAUUGUCUUGACUUCACCAGCAUUGCGUGUGAAGCCAGCUCAUCCGAUAGUAGGGGCUGUGGCUCCUAUAUUUUCUCUUGUUGUUCCCAAGUUCCAAUUUAAGGGUGCUAACAAAAGGGGUAUCCCUGUGUCGAGGGACCCAGCGGCUCUUGUGGCCAAGUAUUCAGACCCGUUGGUCUACACUGGCCCCAUAAGGGUCCGGACGGGCCAUGAGAUCCUUCGCAUCUCCUCUCACCUAAUGCAGAACAUGAAAUCCGUCACCGUCCCAUUCUUCGUUCUCCAUGGAACAGCCGACAAGGUUACUGAUCCUUUAGCUUCCCAGGACUUGUACAACGAGGCUGCUUCCAAUUUCAAAGACAUUAAGCUGUAUGAAGGCUUCUUCCAUGACCUUCUCUUCGAGCCGGAACGUGAAGAGAUUGCCGGGGACAUCAUCGGCUGGAUGGAAAAGAGACUUCAGCUUCGGAGCUGGUAAAUAAAUCAUCUUAUACAGAUUUACUAUUUAUCAUCAGCUCUUGGGCUAAAGAGGGGCCCAAUUUGGGGUGGUGUUUUGCACUAAAAGCAUAAUCAAUUCAUAUGUUAGGAUGUUAUACUGAUGUGAUGGAAAGCUGUCGUAAGACUUGGAAUA